AUGUGUAUAUUGUCUCUUAUGACAAUUUUACUGUUAGUUGUGAAUAUGCUUAUGGAGGAUAUAUAUAUAAUGAAAGUCAAUUGGAUUGCACUCAAAAAAUAAAAUAUAUAUAUAAUUCGACGGCAUCAUUUCCUUUCAUCGCUAUUUUCAAAUCAGAUUUAACAUUAACAAGUCAUCUAAACAAAGAUGCACCUAGUGCUUAUCUUCACAUAAACGAAACAGGAUCAUUGAAUAUGACUUAUAUUUCUUUUAAUAUAAACAUAGUGAAUAAUUCAAACCAAACAAUUCAAAUAAGCACUACUGUGGUUCAAGUAUUUGAUCCAGGCAAUGAUCUUUACUUUGUAGAAAUGGAUGCAAUUAGAAAUAAUCAGAAUUUAUUAAACUCAUUAUCUAAAGAAUCUUCAGACUUUAUAGGUGAUUCUGAGUAUGCGAAUACACACUUAAUUGGGCCAGGGAAUGUACACAUAUUAAGAUACACUAAAGAAAUUCGUAAAGUACUUGUUGAUAUACCAAAAAGCUUAUUCUUGAGUCCUCGCCAUGAGCGAAUACCAUAUAUUACUUCAAAACUUGCAACUGUUUCUAUGCCAGAUUUAGGAAAUCUAACCAUUUUUUCGAUAGCUUGCACAUCAACUACGAUUGUAACUGAAGAAGAAAAAUUGUAA